CCGGUGGAUGGCGUUACAAGGAGGUCCCUGGUCCUGGAGGUCUCAUCCACCGCACGGGCGAUUCUCUUCUCCCUAUCCUCGCUCGGUGCCGUCCUGGCGUUAGUGUUCCUCUUCCUUAACAUCAGAUACAAACACAGGAGAGCCAUCAAGAUGUCGAGUCCUCUCCUGGGUAACCUGACUCUGGUUGGUUGUCUGUUUCUUUACGCCUCCGUCUUCGCUACAGGUUGGGACAAGAAAGACCUGUCUGAUACGGCUAUCAUCGUCAAGUGUCACCUGGAGAGGAUGCUUAUCUCCCUCGGGCUUUCGUUUGCUUUCGGUUCUAUUUUCAUGAAGACCUACCGCAUACACGCUAUAUUCAGCCGUGCAGUGAAGAAAUUCCAACAGAUUGACCUACCGGAUUGGAAGCUUAUAUGCGUAGUGUUGACGGCUGUCUUCGUAGAUUGCGUCAUUUUUGCCGGGUGGAUUGCCCUGGAUACAACGACUGUUACCAGUCGAGAUCUUGAGCCUCGGCUUGACACGACAGAGCCACAGAAGGAGAUCUAUGACGUCCCAGUGAUCAGGUUUUGCAGUAGUGAGCAUGCCCAGUACUUCACCAUCGCCCUCUACGGCGUGAAGGGAGUUCUCUUGACCUUUGGCCUUUUCUUGGCCUGGGAGACAAGAAACAUCGCCGUGACACGACUUAAUGACAGUAAAUACAUCGCAGCAUCAGUGUACGUCGUCGCCUUGACCAUUGCCCUAGUUGUCCCAACCAUGACCAUCCUGGGUGAUGACGUCAAUAUGACGUUUUUGGUUCCCGGGGUUGCCAUAGUGAUCGUCAACACUGCAGUGCUGUGCUUGAAUUUCAUUCCAAAGGUGUACCUCCUCAUCUCAGUUGAAGAGAAGAACAUCAGUUUGAGCAUGAUGAAUUCCAUGGGCUAUGGUGAGUCCUCCGCGUCGAAAGCUCGACAGGCUUCAGAGAGGGACAAUAUUAAUGAACUGGAGGAACUCCGAGAAAAACUGCAGCAGAAAGAAGACCAACUUUUCCUGCUUACUAAGGAUGUCCCAGUUAAACAUUCCACGGAUCACUCGUAAAUUAGAUUGUAUACAUUGGUUACAGUACAAUAGCAUAGUUAAGUGAGUAUACAUGUUCCAACCCUUGCAACUUUGUGGCAAUACUCACGACAACGUUAAAAUAAAUCCCUGACUUUAAAGAUUUCGGGAUGAAGAUAUUGAUAAUCAAAGUGAAUGUUUUCUUGGGAUUUUCGCAACAGCCUCAAAUAUUGUGAAGAAACGGUACAGAAUUGGUUAUAAUGUGGCAGAGGUCAAUCAAAGAAAACUGAUGUACGUCUGUUUUUUUAUUAAGCUUAAAUUAAUUUCUGAAAGAAUAUGAAAAAUAAGUGGUAAAGAAUUUCUAUCCAAUCAAUUCGGGCGAUUCACAAUGCAGUGCGCCACCAAGAGUUUGCCACGGAGAGUUCAUUUUUCCCAGCGCAUUGUGCAUGGGAGAUAGUCGACAAAUUCGCAGCGCGGGACAUUUGAAAUUGUUCGUUUUUGCGGUCAGUAUUUUCGUAAGCGUAUGAUUAGAGUAUCUGUUUACCCCGUUAUUUGCUUUUUAUCAGUACGGUGAGUUUUUUUUUGUAAGGCGGCAGAACGCUAUGCCCAAAUCUAUAACAAAAUAGCUCAA